AUGAACGCGCAGCUGGCCAUGGAGGCGAUGGGCGAGCUGCACGCCGUGAGCCACGAGCCGGGACCCGCCCCUGCCGAGCUGCUGGGCGGCAGCCCCCACGCGCGGGGCUCCGGGGCUCACCGCGCGGGCCCCCUGCCCUCCGCGCCCCCGCGCCCCAUGGGCAUGGCCGCGCUGCUGGACGGCGCCGGCGACUACCACCACCACCACCGCGCCGCCGAGCACGGCCUGGCGGGAGCCCUGCACCCCACCAUGACCAUGGCCUGCGAGACGCCCCCCGGCAUGAGCAUGCCGGCCACCUACACCACGCUGACGCCGCUGCAGCCGCUGCCGCCCAUCUCCACCGUGUCGGACAUUCCUCACCAUCACCACCACCACCACCACCACCCGCACCACCACCAGCGCCUGGCGGGCAACGUCAGCGGCAGCUUCACGCUCAUGCGGGACGAGCGCGGGCUGGCCUCCAUGAACAACCUCUACGCCCCCUACCACAAGGACGUGGCCGCCAUGGGCCAGAGCCUCUCGCCCCUCUCCGGCUCCGGGCUGGGGGGCAUGCACAGCUCCCAGCAAGGGCUCCCCCACUACGCGCACCCGGGCGCCGCAAUGCCCACCGACAAGAUGCUCACCCCCAACAGCUUCGAGGCGCACCACCCAGCCAUGCUGGGCCGCCACGGGGAGCAACACCUCACGCCCACCUCGGCGGGCAUGGUGCCCAUCAACGGGCUGCCCCCGCACCACCCGCAUGCCCACCUGAACGCUCAGGGUCACGGGCAGCUGCUGGGCACGGCGCGGGAGCCCAACGCCUCGGUCACCGGCGCGCAGGUGAGCAACGGAAGCAGCUCGGGGCAGAUGGAGGAGAUCAACACCAAGGAGGUGGCCCAGCGCAUCACCACCGAGCUUAAGCGCUACAGCAUCCCGCAGGCCAUCUUCGCGCAGCGGGUGCUCUGUCGCUCGCAGGGAACCCUUUCGGACUUGCUGCGGAACCCCAAGCCCUGGAGCAAACUCAAGUCGGGCCGGGAGACCUUCCGCAGGAUGUGGAAAUGGCUGCAGGAGCCGGAAUUCCAGCGCAUGUCUGCGCUGCGCCUGGCCGCCUGCAAAAGGAAAGAACAAGAGCAUGGAAAGGACAGAGGCAACACCCCCAAGAAGCCCAGGCUGGUCUUCACAGACGUCCAGCGGCGAACUCUGCACGCCAUCUUCAAAGAGAACAAGCGUCCCUCCAAAGAGCUGCAGAUCACCAUCUCCCAGCAGCUGGGCUUGGAGCUGAGUACCGUCAGCAACUUCUUCAUGAACGCCCGGAGGAGGAGCCUCGACAAGUGGCAGGACGAGGGCGGCACCAACUCGGGUAGCUCUUCCUCCUCCUCAGGCACCUGCACCAAAGCGUGAGAGGACAACACAGACUCAAACCUCGGUGGAAAAGCUUUAAAUU